AUGGCAGGCGAGAAGCCAACAGGCGGGAGGUCGCGACCUCGAGCGAGGACCCACGGUGAAGACGAGAUUGCUGACAGUCUCCAACGAGUGGAUCUGAACAACCCUCCCCCAGUUCUUCCGCCCCAGGUCGAGCAGACCAAGAAAGAAGGCGCUGCUGCCGGCCUGUUGCGUCGGUUCAGUACGAGGAAAUAUAGAAGUCAUGAUAGAGAAAAGGUGGUGGAGCCGCUGCCACCACCACCUACCCCGGCCGUUGCGAUUUCGGGCCCUGCUGAGCCAACCUCUGCGCCUCCGGUUACAGCGCCGAGGAAGAGCUUCAGCAUUCGACGGACGCGCGGCCGCAACGCCGGAUCAGUUUCGCAUCUGCCUGGAAGCGCCACCAAUCAGCCUGAAUUACUCUCGCCUCCUGAUACUGGUAACGCUGCUACCAGGAAGCUCAAGGCACUUGGUCGCUCUACCAGUGUAAACUCUGCUGAUUUCCGGAGAAGACUUAGUAGACGAGGACGGUCAUCAGAAGACCCGGGAAACCCUCCCCCCACUAGCGGAUCAGACAAAUCCGAGCUCAGCUCGCACAAGGCUCGAACAGCCAACGAUGCUGCUUCUGACGAUCUUUCUUCGAGCCCACGGCAUGGGCAGGCCUCGCGGGCGAAGUCUUUGGGCCAUGCACGUAGGGAAAGCAUCCAAGCCCGAAGGGCCAAGCGAGAACAGGCAAAGGAAGCCAAUGUACCCGAAGAGACGGAUGCAGAGCUUGCAGAAGCGCAAGCAGAAGCCAGUCGCAGCCCAGAUGCUGUCAAGCCAGUGUUUCUCAAGGGCCUGUUCAGCGUCUCGACGACUAGCACCAAACCAUUGCCAGUCAUUCAGGACGACCUGAUUCGCGUUCUAGACCAGCUUGGUGUCGAAUGGACUGAAAUCAAAGGCGGGUUCAGGUGUCGACACUCGCCUAGUAUCAAUAUCAAUUCGCCUGCAUCACCACCUGGUGCAGGCCACAGGAGGAAGAUUAGCUUUGGGGGCUUCAUGGCUGGCGACAAAGACCGUGACGAUUUCCGGGAUCAGAACCGCAACCCCGGGACGCCCAAGCUACGGUCGCGGCCAGCUCCUGCAGACCGCAGCUAUACGAACACGGACGAGUCUGAUGGCAGCGAAGACCGUGACGAGCGACGACCGCAACGUGCAGUACCGGCUGGCGAAACGUCGACGCAUGUGCAAAGCGACAUGGGCUCCAACAUGAAUCUCGUGUUUGAGAUUCUCAUUGUCAAAGUGCCACUGUUGACAUUGCACGGCAUCCAAUUUAAGAAGGUGGAUGGAGGGACCUGGCAGUACAAGAACAUGGCUCAAACUAUUCUUUCGGAGCUGAGGCUAUGA